CUCUCCGCUCCUCUGCGGAUAGCGAACGGUCCCGAACCAUCACCCGACACCAACACCGGCCCGGACGCGGUGCUUGUGGGGGGAUCUUCCAACCAGUAUAUCUCACACAAUCAAACAGAGAUUUUUCCUAUUUGUCAUUGACAAACAAAUUCAUUUCCAUUUGCGGCGGAAUCCCCCUCCCCCCCCAUUCUUCGUUUUUCUGUUUCCUGGCGGGAAAAGAACAAUUUUUUUUGGGGUUUGAACUUGACGUGUGUCAACGCGAUUUUGUUUUUCUUCUUUGAAACGUGCAGCUGCCCGUGAUCCAUUCAACACAAGAAUCUUCUUCAUCAACUGCUGCAGCUGCUGCCGUGGCCUCUUUUGAAAUCGUUUUCAACCACUGCCACUUGCUCGAGUCGCCGUCGAAAAAAGAAGAAGACGGACGGACGGUGCGCGUUUUACACGGGGGUUGCAAUUAAGAGUUGCCCAGCUCGCAACUCCUCGUUCAGCAUCUAAAACCGAGAGAUUAACACGUUGGUUACUUUUCGCCAGAGUUUUGAUAUCCAUCCACCACCGCUGUGGAUUUCCCUUCGGAGGGAAACUUUGAUUUAUUCCCUGAUUGUUUGACCCACCGUCAGCUGGACAUUUUCACGUGACGCGGAGCCCCUAUAUCCCCCCGGCUGCUGCUCCUGCUCCUGCUGCUGCCCCCGAAAAGGUGCCUUUUUUUCCAUCAUUUCGAUUGUUAUUACGGGACGUUAAGUUGGCUCUAGACUCAAUUCGAGCCAACUGACAACAAAUGCGAACAGUCGGCCAAAGGACGACGGGAACAAUUUUGGAGAAACGAAGAAAAUUGUCGGUUAUUGUUGUCUGAAAUAACAGCGGCAACACGCACGGAACUUGACUGCUCUUUUUCCUGCCCGCUAAAGAGGAGCGCCUCCUUGUUUUUUCGCCCCUCCACCAAACACCAAUGCAAAUAACCAGAAACGAUGACUCGCAGCUGAUUGGGAAAACAGAAAAAUAAAGAAAACAAAAAAAAGGCGGAGAAAGAGAGUCUGGUCUCCCGCGUGUUGUGUGUCUGCGAGUGUCUGUGUCCGAGUGGGUGUCCGUGUGUGUGUCUGUGAGUGUUGAGUGAGUGUGUUUGGACAUCAGUAGGGCGACAGGCGCAUGAAUCGAUGAUGGCCGGUCGUGCAAGAUCUUGCACCUGGCGUAGCUCUAGGCACCAGCCCCACUGAGAAGAAGAGAAGAAAAAUUCCUGUCUAUUUUUUCUCCUCAACAACAAGCGCACUUGGCUCUCUUCUUUUUCUUCCUCUUCUUCACCUCCUUUUCCCUAGCUCUCCUUUUCAACUCGAGUCCCUGUUAUAAUAACCUUCAACCUCUUCUUCCUCUUCUUACACGCACACUCUCUCUCUGCCCGCUGUCUUUUUUCGCCCUCUCGCAAGGAGCGACUGAGGAGCUGCAAGUCGUUUUUCUCCAAUUACGUCAACAGCAGCUCGGCCAGCGACUGCAUCCAGUCCACGGCGUGAAGAAGGAGAAAACAAAAAUAAGGAGCCCGAAAAAUAUAUUUUAAAACAAGAUAAACAGUAGAGUGGAGAGAAAUUGCAGUUUCUGCCUGUUUUGUUUAUCUUUCGGGAUCAUUUGGAAGCCGCCAGAAAGAGAAAUCUAAAUUUAGUGGGUGCCCCACGGUUCGACAGCUCUGACCUUUCGCCACCAACCAACGGAAGGAAUCGAACAAUAAAAAAAAAAGAGUGUCUACCACCUACGCAGAGCGAGCUUAUUUCCCUUCGUCUCUGGACCGAAUGACAUGACAUAACCGUAGCGCCUUAUUGAAAGGAAGAACAAAUAUUGCUGCUGGCCGACUCUGGUGAUCUGCGAAAAAAAAAGAAGUAGAAGAAACCGCACACAACCACUACGAGGGUCUCCCCGCUCGCCAGACGUUGGAACAUUCAUCGAGUUCCUAUCCGCCCACACGAAGGAAAGGCAAAAUAGGAGACGGAAGGAAGACGGGGAAAAAAAAUUGUUACAUACGUCAGAGGCCGAGGACAACGACGCCAUCGGAAGCUGAGAGAAGGAGAGAGAGAGAAAAAGGAACAAAACAAAACCAAACAAUAGAGGAACAAGGAGCCAAGGAGUUGCAGCAAGAAGAAGAGCAUUAACGCACUAGCCGAGAAAAUGGAGCAACUCGCCUCGCUGCUGUGCUGGAAAGCGCUUUACCUCUUCAUGGUCGUCCUGGCUACUCUACCGCACCGUUCGAUGCAGGGGCCGUACGAGAAAAAAUUGCUUCAUCAUCUUCUCGACAAGUACAACGUCCUGGAGAGGCCCGUUUCAAACGAAUCAGACCCGAUACAAAUCAGCUUCGGGAUUACCCUGAUGCAGAUCAUUGAUGUGGAUGAAAAGAAUCAGCUGCUCAUUACAAACAUGUGGUUAAAAAUGGACUGGAACGAUUACAAUCUGAGGUGGAAUUCAUCCGAAUUCGGUGGCGUCAAGGACCUGCGGAUCCCCCCCACACGCAUUUGGAAGCCCGACGUUCUAAUGUACAACAGUGCCGAUGAGGAAUUCGACAGCACCUAUCAAACGAAUGUGGUGGUUCGGAACAACGGUAGUUGCAGUUAUCUCCCUCCUGGAAUUUUCAAAAGUACCUGCAAGAUUGACAUUACGUGGUUCCCCUUCGACGAUCAAAAGUGUGAACUCAAAUUCGGUAGCUGGACUUACGACGGGUUUCAGUUGGAUUUGACACUUCAGUCGGAGGAAGGCGGUGACAUUAGCAAUUUCAACACUAACGGCGAAUGGGAUCUAUUGGGAGUGCCUGGUAAACGGACAUGGCAAUACUACCCGUGCUGCCCUGAACCCUACGUGGAUAUCACCUUCAGCAUCGAGAUCCGGAGACGGACACUCUACUAUUUUUUCAACUUGAUCGUUCCCUGCGUGCUCAUUGCCUCCAUGGCCGUCCUCGGUUUCACACUUCCUCCCGAAUCCGGAGAGAAACUUUCUCUAGGCGUUACAAUUUUGCUCUCCUUAACCGUCUUCCUAAAUAUGGUGGCCGAGACAAUGCCGGCAACGUCAGAUGCAGUUCCUUUAUUAGGAACGUAUUUCAACUGUAUCAUGUUCAUGGUGGCCUCAUCCGUGGUUUCAACUGUGCUUAUUCUCAAUUACCACCAUCGCAAUUCUGACACUCACGAGAUGGCAUCAUGGGUCCGAACGGUGUUCCUGCAUUGGCUGCCCUGGGUGCUGCGGAUGAGCAGGCCGACAGACAAGGACGAUCAAAAGCCGGCAGCAGGGCCAGCGGCCAACAGCAAGCAGAUGAAAGACAUUGAAAUGAAAGAACGCUCGUCACGGAGCCUGCUGGCCAACGUGCUUGAUAUUGACGACGACUUCCGGCAACAUAGUUGCACGCUCAGCUCAGUCGGUAGUGGCAUGGCCCUUAGCAUGGGUGUGCCUACCGGGUUCCCAAGAGUCGUCUCCACUCCUAGUGGCGGCCUGGGAACUAAUCAGGGUCAAGACGAGACCAUAUCGCUCCACAACUGUUUCGGCUCCCACCGCGAAUUGUCCGGUAUCCUCAAGGAGCUGCGUGUCAUCACUGAAAAGAUUAGGACAGACGAGGAGGAUUCGCGCGUGUGCAACGACUGGAAAUUUGCUGCCAUGGUCGUUGACCGCAUUUGCUUGAUCCUCUUCACGCUCUUCACCAUCAUUGCAACGAUUGCGGUUCUCUUCUCGGCUCCACACAUCAUAGUCCCUUAAAACGGGAGGAAGAAGGAGAACACGAAUACUUUUUUGUAAUCUCGUCUAAUAACUUCAUACAUAUACCGCUCAUUCCUAGCCGUUUUCUAGUUACGAGAAAAGCAGGCAGGAAUCUCGCCUAACCCCAAAAUCAAGAGUUGCUCCAUUUCCCAAUGUUUAUACUGGACUUGGAGUCAAUCUCGGACAAGUGUUCAUCCAUCUUCGUCUGCAAGGGCUUACAGUCGGACAGGCAGCAGCGGUCAUCCAUGGCGGCAGUAGAAGCGCUCGCUCGGAUGUACAAUUUAUUUAUUUUGUUUAUUUUUUUACAUCUAAUAAGAAGAAGAAGCAAACAUGAUGAACGUAGAAUUGUGCUCCAAUCGUUCUCUCAAUAAUCUAGAAGUAUAGUAGAUUAACCUUGUUACGUAGGUUUUCGAUUCGCCUCAGUCUUCGUUUCCUUCCGGUUUUGUUUCAUUUACUCUCCUUGUAUAGUCCAUCUCUUCUUCUAUCUCCACCGUUGCGUCGGUUAAUUUCUCUAUAUUCCAUUCUUCACACAUUUGGGAGUCUACUGUUGCCAAUUUUUUUUUAAUGUCCUAUCCCCCUAUCUCUCUACCAGUGCCACCUUAGUAGUGUUACACCGAAAACAAAAUUUUAAAAAAAGUAGGCUAUCAACGAAACAUUGUCUCGUUUUCUCACUCUAGUCUAUGUCACUCUGUUAUAGAAUUGGAAUCAAUGAUUGAACCUCUCUCUCUCUCUCUCUCCUUCUCUCUCUCUCUAAAUACAGGAAUGAUAUAUAUAAACAUUGGCAACUGCUCUUCAUAUUUUACUCUCCUCCCCGCCAAUUAACAACGGCUCAACGAUUUCCUAUGAAAUUAUAUUCAUACCGUAUAUUGCAAAAUGUCAACUCCUCUCUCAAUCAGUGCUUCCUCGUUCUCCUUCUAUCAUCACCUUGUUUUAUUUUCACUGUGGAUGUUUUUUCUUGACUACGUCCUCUGUUUGUUAUUUCUCUCCAUCAUCGAUGAUGAAUAUAUGCUGCUGUCUAAGGCACUUUGUAUAGCCGUACACACGUCAAAAUGCCUAUCUUUUUGUCCUUUGGGUGUACAUUGUUGGCUGGUGGCGUAUAUAGAAAUGUGUCAUCCCUUUCACGUCUGCGAACGUAGCCGUUUUCUAACCUGUUGUACCUCCUAAAGAUUGUACAGCAAAUGUUGACAUUAUUCUUUAUUCUAUCGGUUUCUUUUUUUUAUGUUUUUUUCCCCCUUUCAUUUCUUCCCUUUUCAUUGCAAGGAAUCAGAAUUUGAAAUUGUUAUUCUCUCGUCGAUUAUGCGUUUGGUUUUAGACAAAUGGAUUGUGCGAGUACAAUCAGAAGUAUUUUAGCCUGUAGAUCAGGUUCUAUUGUUGAAGAUACGACUGGAUGAUGUGCGCCAAACACGUACGAACAUGCCAAAGUUCAAUCGUUUACAUCGUUUACAUAGUAAUAAUUAUUUUGAGACGAGUAGUGUAUUGAAAGGGAGUAGAUUGUUUUGAAUUAUAGCUGAGAGUUUUACAGUGUAUUCAGAAAUUUAGAGUAGAUGUCUUCACCUCUUUUGGUUGGUCUUCUGCGCAUAUAUUUCAAUUUCCCUUAAAACUUACUCUUUUCUUGUUCGUUUCUGUUCCUUUCCAUUCUCAUCUUCGUCCUCUAUACGCCUUGUUUUGUCUGUUAUUUCAAUCAAAUAUAAUAUUGAAUAUAUUGUACAAUAUUUUGCGAUUGCAAUUUGAGGCCAAACUGCCCAGACCGUUCAUCGUUAUUGAACAUUUCAAGCAAAACAAAACAAACAAGAAAAAAAAAGAAUAAGAUAAGAUGUAGGAUUUAUAGGUACUAAUGUGUGGGGAAUCAUCGAGCACUUCAAGUCACAAAACUGAAUGGAUGGCUCAAACAAUUUUUGGUAGAUGGAGAAGCGAACAUGUUUUUUUUUUUGUUUUUUGUUUUUUCCUAUUUCAACGAUAUCCCCCUUUUUCUUCUUAUUCCAGCAAGUAACAAACCCACUUUCUUCUCAUUGUUCAGUUGGCCAUAAGCCAUCUAUGCAAACCAAAGAAAUCAAUCAGAAAAUAAAGUAGGCAUUCUCCAAAAGAACGAGGAAACUGCAUUAGUUUUAUUCUUUAUUGCCGGUCUAAAGCACCGAGUCGCAAUCGACUUGUUAGAUUUAUCAGACAUUUUUAGACCAUUCACAAUUAGACACAUCAUUUUUCUAACCAACUUCUCAAAUAAUCGAACAUCUAGGAACCUAUACAACUAAUACCCUUCUUUCUCCCGUGUCGAAUCCACCCAAAAGACGGUUCAUAAGAAGCUGCAGUUUCCUUCAAUAUCUUCUAACAAAAAAAACCCCCAAAAAACCCAAUACCUUAUUUGACUUUUUGAUUACAUAUAUACAAUAAUCCCCUGUUGUUGCCUUUCUCUUGUACAUGAAACCUCUUGUGUUUUCUUUUAGUUUGGUGAUCAAUUUUAUUUUGUGGGUGGGGAUGAUGGGGAGAUAAACGCGUGUCAAUAAUAUUGUUGUUGAAAUACAGUCGGUAUUAGCCAAUGUUCA